CCUGCCCUGCACAUCACUGUCCGCUCUCUCUGCAUACGGCCUGCAGUCAGUUGGUCUGGAAGUUCGUGCUCCUCCGGUGCACUCUGCUCAACUUGCCCCGCUGCAAAGCUCUAUCUCCGGUGUGUAGACAUGGCACCGCCACCUGUGCUGCUAAUGCUCGCGGUCGUCAUCUCAUCAGCGCUCGUGCAAUCUUCAUCACUCGAUGGAACUGUUUUUGCAGUGACUGUGAGCUCCCAGGUGAGAGGAGGGAAACAGGAGACCCUGUGUGCUCACAUCGACGGCCCAACGAUGCCCAUCAAAUUGACCAUCACCCUCGAGAUCGGCCCUGGCAAAACCACCAUACUCGAGCAGGCUGUUGACAAGGACUUCUAUCGCUGCUUAAACUUCCAGGUCCCCACAGUGCAUCACAGAACUGUGGCAUCCAUUAAUGUCACUAUUACGGGUGAGGGUGUCUCGAUGAGCAAGAUAACCAAAAUCAUGAUUGAGCGUCCUGCUUUCAUCCACAUCAUCCAGACUGAUAAACCCAUCUACAAACCUGGACAGAAAGUCCAAUUCCGAAUCGUCUCGAUGGAUUCCAAUUUCAUUCCUGUAGCCCGACUGUACAAAGUGGUGGAGCUCCAGGAUCCCAAUUCAAAUCGCAUUGCUCAGUGGUUGGAUAGGAACCUUGUUAGCGGUAUCCUUGAUAUUUCCCACCCCAUGAUUCCUGAGGCGGUUCAGGGAAGCUAUGUGAUCACUGCCACAACGGACCAAGGAGAGAAAAUAUCCCACAGUUUCGACAUCAAGGAAUACGUUUUGCCAAAAUAUGAGGUAAAGGUUGAACUACCCAAUGUGAUCUCCAUCCUGGACAAGGAGGCAACGCUAAAGAUUUGUGGAAAAUACACCUAUGGGAAACCAGUUGUUGGUUCAGUCAAGGCAGUUUUUUGCAAAAUUGCAAUGUUCUGGUAUAUAAGGGGAAAAGAAAAUGAUAUCUGCAAAACUUAUGAACUGACGACUGACAAAGCUGGCUGUGCUACACAAACUGUGAACUUGGAAGUGUUUCAACUCAACGGGAUCAUGAACUAUGUCAGCUUUGAGUUGAAUGCAGAAUUGGAGGAGUACGGCACAGGAGUCAUUCUUACAGGCACUGGGCGCACCAGCUUCAGCGCUAUUGUCAGAACUGUCACCUUCGAGGACGUACCUGAAGCAUACAUGCCUGGCAUCUUGUUCGAGGGAAAGGUCAAAGUGAUUGGUCCAGACAACAAAGCUGUCACCAAUGAGGCCGUGUAUGUGUCUGCUGGCAACUCUCAAGCAGUCAAGCUGACUACAGGCACGAAUGGAAAGGCUUCGUUUUCUUUUGACACCGCCCUCUGGAAGGACAAUGUGAAUCUACAGGCGCGAUCCAGAGAGACGGAAGUGAAUGAGCCGAAUCUGCCAGGCGUGCGCAAACCAGAGUACUGGGCUGCAUACCACAACGUCAUAGCAUUUUACUCCAAGAGCAGUAGUUUCCUGAAACUCAUGCAGGUGAACGGGAAGCUGGCUUGUGACAAAGACGCAACGGUGCGUGUUCAGUACAUCAUCGAGGGGACGGAGCUGAAGAACGACCAGGAGAUCCUCCAAAUCUUUUACCUGGUGAUGUCCAGGGGUGGAAUUGUUCAGCAUGGCAGUCUCCCAGUUGCUGUUCAACCGUAUAUUGUCAACAAAGGAGAGUUGUCUGUGCCACUGCGUCAGGUUACAAACCUGGCACCUUUUGCCCAGGUGGUCGUUUAUACUGUGAUGCCCAAAGGGGAGCUUGUGGCCGAUAGCAUGGACUUCCCAAUCAGUCUCUGCCUCAAUAACAAGGUGUCUCUGAGGUUCUCCUCUCUCCAGGAGCUUCCAGCAGAGAAGACCACGCUCACCCUGCAGGCUCACCCAGGCUCCAUGUGCUCCGUCAGAGCCAUCGACCAGAGCGUCCUGCUGCUGCAGAAAGAGCAGGAACUCACUGUUGACUCGGUGUACAGCCGGUUGCCUGUGCAAAAGCUCUCAGGAUACAGCUAUGAGGUUGCAGACGCUGAGUCCAAUCCCUGCAAGUUUCUGCCAGUACCAGGGCUUGGAAUCAGGAGCUUUGGUAGUCGCCCAUUCUACUUUCCAGGGGACGAUCAGAAGAAUGACGUCUACAACAUUUUUAAAGGAAUCGGGAUCAAAAUUGUGACCAACUCCGAUAUUAGAAAACCUUAUGACUGCUAUCCAUGGCGCUAUUACGAGAAGCUAGACUCUCCGAUAGUCAUGGCCAUGCCACAAAGUCCAGGUGGUGAAGAAGAGCAGAAGAAAGAGACUCUCAGGACAUUCUUCCCUGAAACCUGGAUCUGGGACCUAGUUUCUGUGGGAUACAGUGGCUCAGUGAACGUGGAGAAGACGGUCCCUGACACCAUCACUAAGUGGGCAGCUGGAGCGUUCUGCGUCUCAUCUGUGGGCUUCGGCGUGGCGCCCAACGUGGCGCUUGUCGCCUUCCAGCCGUUCUUUGUCAGUCUCACCCUGCCCUACUCGGUCAUCCGAGGGGAGGUGUUUACACUUAAAGCAACAGUCUUCAACUAUCUCUCCAAGUGCAUUAUGGUUAAAACCACUCUGGCUGAUUCCGACCAGUACACCUCCAGAAACUGCGACGGCUGCCAGUACAGUAUGUGUUUGUGCGGGGAGGAGAGCAGGACUUUCUCGUGGAUUGUAACUCCAACCACCCUAGGUCAGGUGGAUCUGAAGGUCAGCGCUGAAGCCAUGAAGACUAACAUACGGUGUGACAACAAGGUGGCAACUGUCCCCGACAUGGGCAGCAUCGACACGGUGGUCCGCACCCUGCUGGUGGAGGCUGAAGGAACACCACAGAUGGUCAGUCAUAACGCUCUCCUCUGUCCUGCAGAGGGGACUGUGGAGAAGAAGAUUUCCCUUCUGUUGCCCGAGAUGUUUGUGGCUGGAUCCGCCAGGGCCUCUGUCUCUGUACUGGGGGACCUGAUGGGCCGGGCCAUGAAGAACCUGGACAAGCUCCUGGCCAUGCCGUACGGCUGCGGGGAGCAGAACAUGCUGCUGUUUGCGCCCAACAUCUUCAUCCUCAACUACCUGAAAAGCACAGAACAGCUGACCAAGGACAUUCAGGACAAAGCCACACGCUUCCUAGAGAGCGGAUAUCAGAGGGAGCUUACCUACAAGCACGACGACGGCUCCUACAGCGCCUUCGGAAAUAGCGAUAAGUCUGGAAACACCUGGCUGACCUCUUUCGUGAUGAAGUCCUUUGGCGGGGCAAAACCGUACAUCUUUGUGGAAGACAAGCGCAUUCAAGAAGCCCGGAGCUGGCUCUCCAAACUCCAGCGGCCUGACGGCUGCAUCCAAUCUGUGGGGAAACUCUUCCACAACGGCAUGAAGGGAGGAGUGAGUGACGAUGUGUCUCUGACGGCCUACAUCACAGCUGCCAUGCUGGAGCUCGACACAAACACCUUGGACCCCGUGGUGCAGAGGUGCCUGAGCUGUCUGAAGGCAUCAGUGGACUCCGAGCUAGAAGAAAACCUGUACACCACCGCGCUGCUGUCCUACACCUUCACUCUGGCUGGAGACGAGGAGAUGAGGAUCAAACUCAUCACUUACCUGAACCAGAAGUCCAACACGCAGGGCGGCUCCCGUCACUGGGAGAGAGCCGGGGCUUCUGGGAAAGGCCUGGACUCUCUGGAGGUGGAGAUGACCUCCUACGUCCUGCUGGCUCUGCUCUCCGGUCCGGCCCUGCCAGACUUCGGCCUGGGUUACUCCUCCAGCAUCGUGCGCUGGCUGGUCCAGCAGCAGAACCCGUACGGGGGCUUCUCUUCCACACAGGACACGGUGGUGGCCCUCCAGGCCCUGGCUAAGUACGGCGCGGCCACCUACAGACCGGAGGGCAACACGGCGGUGACUGUGACCUCGCUGGGAGGCCUGAACACAGAGUUCAGGGUGGAUCAGAGCAACAGGCUGCUGUACCAGGAGCAGAAGCUGAGCGAGGUCCCCGGAGAAUACACCAUCAGGGCCCAGGGCCAGAGCUGCGUCCUGGCACAGAUUUCCAUGCACUACAACAUCCCCCCUCCCCCCGACUUCUCUGCCUUCAGCAUCACCACCAACACCAAGACCAAGUGCAACAUCAACAGGCCCCAGCUCAUCCUCUUUGUGCAUGUCAGGUACCAGGGCAGGAGAGAGGAAACCAACAUGGUGAUCAUCAACAUCAAGCUGCUGUCUGGAUACAUUCUGGAUAAGAGCUCCCUGGAGCUGCUGAAGAGCGACCGCUCAGUGAAGCGUGUGGAUCUGGACGAAGGAUACAUCAACAUCUACUUAGACGGGUUGAAAAAGGAUGAGACGCUGAUAUACAGUGUGACACUGGAGGAGGAUGUUCCUGUCGGGAAUCUGAAACCAGCUGUGGUCAAAGUCUACGAUUACUACCAGACAAGUGAUGAGGCGGUCACUGAGUACAGCUCCCCCUGUGCAGAGUGACGUCAUCAACAAGCUGUAACUCACUUGGCAGAAUCAAUGCGUCGGAGAAAGAAACUUGUAGACGUUCAUUUUUUUCUUAGACUGUCUUCAUUUGUUUUUACUCCUUUUUAUUUUCUUUUUUGUUUCUACUUGCCGAUCCAUUGUCCUGUAACUGUUGUUAAUGAAGCAAUAAUCAGUCUCUCCUGGACACUGGAACCUACACAUUAAAACCCGCUGAGGUGAAGAAAAGCAGACAGAGAUAUUGUGUAACAGUUCUGUUUUUAAUAAUAAUAAUACAUUUAAUUUCCAAGCGCUUUUUCAGGUGCUCAAAGACGCUUUACAGUGGUGAUAAAACGAGAUAUAAUAGAAUACAAAAUUAUUAAAACAGCAACACAUAUUAUAAUAGAAUAACAAAAAUAUUAAAACAGCAACACAUAUUAUAAUAGAAUAACAAAAAUAUUAAAACAGCAACACAACAUAAUUCACAAAUUAAAAGCCAGUCUGAAGAGGUGUGUUUUGGUCGGUGUUUUGAAGGUGGGGGGGGGGUCGAUGCAGUCUCUGAUGUGUUGUGGAAGGGAGUUCCAGAGGGUGGGGGCAGCGAUGGAGAAGGCUCUGUCCCCCCAGGUUCGGAGCUUGGUUCGUGUGGGGAUAGAAAGGAGGUUCGCUUCUGCUGAACGAAGGCUGCGGGAAGGGGUUUGGUGGUGGAUCAGGUCGGUGAGGUAGGGGACUUUGUGUGUUAGCAGAAGGAUUUUGAAGUGUAUUCGUUGACGGACAGGGAGCCAGUGCAGGUUUUGAAGGACGGGAGUGAUGUGGUCUCUGGAGCGGGUGUGGGUGAGGAGGGGCUGCGCAGUUCUGGAUAUAUUGCAGUUUAUUUAGAAUGUUGGAUGAUGAGCCAUACAGGAUGCUGUUACAGUAGUCCAGUAUUGAAGUGAUGAAUGCGUGGAUGAGGGUUUCAGCAGCCGGGAAGGAGAGUGAGGGGCGGAGGAUGGAAGAAGGCAGUCCUGGUGAUGUGGUUUAUGUGUUUAUCGAAUUUGAGCUGGCUGUCAAAAAUUACUCCAAGGUUGCGAAUGUGAGGAGAGGGGGUUAGUGUGGCGUUGUCAAGGGUGAGGUUGAAGUUCUGGGUGGUGUUGGUGCGGGAUGUGGGUCCGAUUAUGAUAAUAUCUGAUUUGUCGCUGUUCAGUUGAAGGUAGUUUGUUUGCAUCCAGGAUUUAAUUUCUGAGAGACAGUUGUUGGUGAGUGUGGUGUGUUAUACUGUGUGUUCUGCUGUACCAGUAAAUAAAAAAAGAUAGAUUGAUACAUCACUACCAUACAAUUUGCAAUGUAACUGACCAACAAUAAAAUUUCUAAAAUGACAAAAAUAAGUACAAAUUGUCUUUUUCACUGUUUCAUUUCAAAAUUAAUCCUCUUUACAGUAUAUUGAGUUUCCUUUCUUCUCGACAUAGAUUACAACAGUAAUGUGUAUACCAGCUACUAUCAACAGACAUGAUUUAACAGCCUUGCCAGAGUUGAAUAGUUUGGUUUGCACGUGUUAAUUGUGCAGUGUGUGUACGGAAGCCUAGAGACAACUUCUU